AUGGAUAUUGAUUCACUAAUAAACCUUGAGGAAUUGAAUUAUAAAGCGGGAUAUGAGAAUGGGAGGCAAGAAGGCCUGCUGCAUAAUUUGGUAGAGGGUAAGCAAUUUGGUCUCCAAGUAGGUUUUCAGCGAUAUGUGAUGCUAGGACAAAUAAAAGGAAUAUGUACAGCAAUAGCCAGUAUAGUAAGUGAAGCUUCUAUUAAAAAGAAUAUAAAUACAGUGCUGGAAAUGAUUGAACAAACUCCUAUGGAUAACGAGCCUCAAAAUGUGGAGGUUUAUGAGGCAUCUCUUGUAAAGAUCAGAAAUAAAUUCAGGUUAAUACUGAUGUUGGUGAACAGGAAUUGGAAAAAGGAGGAUAAUAAUGGCAUCUCAUUUGAAAGUGUUGAAUCUUUGUACAAAAUUGUUUCUGGACAACUAAAAGCUGCACAUGUAAAUACUGAAGACCAUUCCAACCUAAUACUUCAAGAUAAUGACGACUGGUAG